CUUCUUCUUCUAUACCGUAGAAAAGAGAGAGCGAGAGUAAAGAAAAGAAAAAUGGUUAAAGCAUAUCUUCGUUAUGAAGCCCAAGCUACUUUUGGUAUCAUUGCCUCAAGUACUGCAAACAUUGUAUAUGAUCCUACUGGAAAAAUCGCCAUUGCACCUGCACUCGAAGAAGUCAUUCUCUGGGAUCUCAAGAAGGGUGUCGAGGUCGGCAAAUGGAGAGAAUCAGGCAAUAAGUCCGAAGUUACUUGUAUUGCAGCCAGUCCCAACAAGAAGGAUUAUGCUGUCGGUUAUGGAGACGGUACGAUUCGUAUUUGGAACAUUAAAUCAUCCACCUCAACUGUCACUUUAAGUGGUCAUCGUGCUGCAGUCACUGCAUUAGCAUAUGAUUCAGACGGUACACGACUUGCAUCUGGAUCCAAAGACACCGACCUUAUUAUUUGGGAUAUUAUCUCUGAAUCCGGUUUAUAUAGAUUGAAGGGCCACAAAGAUCAAAUUACUUGUUUGGCCUUUUUAAACACCAAGCAGAUGGAAGAGAACGAUGUGGGUGUUUCAACAGAAGGUUAUGUUUUAUCUUCUUCCAAGGAUACCUUGAUCAAAUUAUGGGAUUUAUCAGCUCAAUACUGUCGUGAGACCCUUGUUGGACAUCGUAGUGAAGUUUGGUCUUUUGCUGUUUCAAAAGAUCAGAAAAUUAUCAUUUCCGGUGGUGCUGAAGCACAAUUAAAAGCUUGGAAGAUUGAUUGGAAAAUAUUGGGUCUUUCUCUCGAAGCCCUUGGUGAAAAGGAAAAGACAAGCGAUGAUAAUAUGCAAGUGGAUAUCACUACACCUGCCACUUUACAGAGAGCCAUCAAUGUCUAUGGACAAAUUCCUCGUCAAUCACGCGAUCGUAUUGUCACCAUCAAAUUCCACCCCUCUGGUAAAUAUUUAGGUGUACAAGCCAGUGAUAAAUCAGUCGAACUUUUCAAGAUGCGUGAUCAUGAACAAAUUCGUAAAAAGAUUCAACGUAGAAAGAAGAGAGCAAGAGAGAAGGGAAAGGCCGAGACCGAUAUCAGUGAUGAAAUUGAAGCUGAAGAUGAAUUUGUCACUGAAGCUUUAGUACGUACACCCGCUAAAGUGCGUAGUUUUGAUUUUGCUCCUGUCGUCGAUGUCGAAAAGGCUGGUCAGAUUCAAAUCGUUACUUCCUUGAGUAACAACACAAUUGAAGCUUUCACUAUUCCAAUCACAGCCGAAAAGAAGACAGAAGAAUCCCAUGAACCAUCACGUCUCUAUUCUAUCGAUGGUCCCGGCCAUCGAUCCGAUAUCCGUAGUUUAGCUUUGAGUUCCGAUGAUGAAUUAUUAGCUUCUGCGUCAAGUAAUUUAUUGAAGAUUUGGAACAUGAAGACACGAUCCUGUAUUCGUUCCAUUGAGUGUGGAUUUGCUCUUUGUAGUGCAUUUUUACCGGGUAAUAAGCAUAUUAUCGUUGGUACCAAGACAGGUGAAUUAGAACUUUAUGAUGUGGGCUCCUCAUCUCUUGUUGAAUCUGUGAAAGCCCAUGAUGGUGCUAUCUACUCCCUUCAAGUGCGUCCUGAUAAACGUGGUUUCUGUACCGGUAGUGCUGAUAAAGAUGUCAAGUUUUGGGAUUUCGAUAUGGUGCAGGAUAAGAAUAGCCCUGCUAAAAGAUUGACAUUUAUUCAUAUGAGAACUCUCAAGAUGUCUGAUGAAGUGCUUUGUGUUCGAUACAGUCCCGAUCAAAACUUACUGGCUGUCUCUCUUUUGGAUUCGACUGUCAAGGUCUUUUAUCACGAUACACUGAAAUUUUUCCUCUCUCUUUAUGGUCACAAGUUACCCGUUUUAUCCAUGGAUAUCUCUUCCGAUAAUAUGUUGAUUGCCACCUGUUCUGCUGAUAAAAACGUCAAACUCUGGGGUCUUGAUUUUGGUGAUUGUCAUAAAUCUCUCUUUGCACAUCAAGAAAGUGUCAUGGCAGUUCAAUUUGUUUGGGGUACACAUUAUUUCUUUACUGUCAGUAAGGAUAAGACUGUGAAAUACUGGGAUGGUGAUAAAUUUGAAAAUAUCAUGAAGUUGGAAGGUCAUCAUGGAGAAGUUUGGGCUCUUGCUGUUUCCAAGCAUGGUUCUUUUGUGGUGACAGGUUCUCACGAUAGAUCCAUGCGUGUGUGGGAGAAGACUGACGAGCAAUUAUUUUUGGAAGAAGAGCGCGAAAAAGAACUUGAAGAGUUAUACGAACAUACAUUAGUGAGUCAAAUGGAAAAGACAAAUGUUGACGAUGGUGAAGUGGAUGCUGCUGGUAAACAAACAAUGGACACAUUAAAGGCCGGUGAACGUCUUAUUGAAGCUAUGGAUAUUGGUGAUGAGGAAAAGAAUGGUUGGGCAGCCUAUGAAAAUGCAAAGGAGCGUGGUUUACCUGGUCAACCUCCUCAACGUCAUCCUAUUUUAAUGGCAAUGGGUGAUAUUGAACCUGAUAGAUAUGUUUUGGAUGUUCUCAAGAAGAUCAAGGCUAACGAUAUUGAGGAAGCCUUGAUGAUUUUACCCUUCUCAAAGGUUAUGUCACUGUUUUCUUACAUUGAGAGCUGGGCUAAGAAGAACUGGAAUAUUAUUUUGGUGUCUCGUGUUCUUUUCUCUGUUGUGAAAACUCAUCAUAAUCAAAUUGUCGCCAAUCGUAUGAUGCGCCCUAUGCUUGAUUCUAUUCGAUUCCACCUUCGUGCUCAAUUACAACGUCAAAAAGAUAUUAUGGGUUAUAACAGAGCAGCAUUGACAUACCUUCAACGUGAUUGGAAAGCAAGGAAUACUUCGGAUUUCCUUGACGACAGCGCGGACAGUAAACCCACCGACGACGAAAAGAAACGUAAAUUUGUUCAAUUAGCCUCUUAGAUUAUUUUUAUUAUAACCCGUAAUAAAUUCUGUAUACACACACACACACUCAAACACACAAACACACACAUU